UCACUAUGGAUACUAUCCGAGAGGAACAGAUGCACGUGGCAGCGAUACGUUACAGCAGACGCCGCCAGCCAACCGAUGGCGAGGAACAGCAAUUUCCUGAGGAAUAUCCGGAUUUACGGGGCUCCUCGAGGAUAUCGAACAAAUUUAGCGCGAAACACGUAACGAACGAGUUCCGUGGCAACGGGCCGGAGGGACGCGACAGAGCAAAGAGGAAGAGGAAAAGAGAAGAACGAGUACAGCAUGCGUAUAUACGUGCCGAGAGAACAAUGUCGCAAUUGUCCAGCUCGUUGUCUUCCCCACAGCCGGUCGUCUCUUCACGGAUAGAUUAUGCGGCGUUACUGGUAUCACACAUUCGCGAGGACGAUCAUCGUGAGCAAUGCAAGCAUCCUGAAAUUUAAAGUUGAUUAUAGUACCUUAAGUUCAUUGCAUAGUAAAGAGAAAUAUAAUCUCAGAUAUAACCUAUAGUCGUAUCUCAUUCUGUUGAUAUUUCUGUAUCAAAUUAUUGUUUUCGGCAAGUCCGAGAUCAAGCAAUUUCUCUGUCAGUGUGACUGUAUAAGAAAAUGUUUUUAGUUUGAGAUCUGGUAGAGCUUGUGACUGCACCAGGGAAGCUGCUGCAUUCCUGCGUAAAAGGACAUAGCAUUGGAGUUAAGAUUUGGGUGGAAUUGCCACUGAGAUAAAUUCACGGAUUUGCUAUGCACCUCUUUUCACGUGUAUCUUCAACAAAAGUAAACUAAAAAUACCAAUACCUAGACACGUA